AUGACUGGAGCAGCUGCCGCUUCAGGUCCUCCGCCACCACCGCCACCUCCACCAGUAUUGCCUCCAGAUCUUCUUGCGUCAGCCGGUGCAAAUGUAGCUGAUAAGGCGGAUGCAGACCGGGCAGCACUGUUUGCCGAAAUUAAUGCUGGUGAAGAAAUCACGAAACGUCUGAAGAAAGUAACACCUGAUAUGCAAACACAUAAAAAUCCGGCACUUCGAGCACAGCAUGAAAGUGUUCCUGUUGCAACACAGAGAACUGCCACGGCAUCACCAUCACUGGUCGUGAAACAGGAAGAUAAGCCGCCGAAAACAUGGCUGGAGAAUGGAAAACAGUGGAAUGUGGAGUAUCACAAGAACGACAAGAAUGUAACUGUGGAAAUUGGUGAUAUGAAACAGACAGUGUACGUGUUUAAAUGCGAGAACAGUAUUAUCCAGGUGAAAGGAAAAGUGAACUCAAUAACACUGGACAGUUGCAAGAAGACGUCGAUUGUGUUCGACAGUCUGCUGUCGCAGAUUGAAGUGAUUAACUGCCAGAGUGUGCAAAUACAGACACUUGGGGCGAUGCCGACGCUAUCAAUUCAGAAAACCGAUGGAUGCCAAGUGUAUCUCAGCAAAGAUGCGAUAAAUGCGGAAAUAAUAACGAGUAAAUCUUCUGAAAUGAACAUACUUGUACCGUCUGGCGAAGAGGGUGACUUUGUAAGUUCUUUUUGUCCUUCACUGUAG